UACAGAACUGUUAUGUUUCUCUGGCGAUCGUUAUUAGUGGAAGCUAAAUGUGAUCGCUCUUACAGUGUCUUCGAAUACAGUGUUCUGCUUAUGAGUAUGUACGUGUAUAUACACAUUCAUGUUCUCUAAGUAUACAAACAUUACGCUAGUUCGGGAUGAGAAACGUUUCUGUGACUGUUCUAUUAACUCUGGCAACUAUACAUAUUACCGUAUUCAUAGUUACUUGUCAGUCCAGCUCGACCGCACAAAAGGCUGACAGAAAGUUACCUAGAGAGGAAAUUCAUGCCUGUUGUAACAAAUCAAAUUCUUAUUGUAAUGAAGAUACAUGCUACAUUUUCUACACGGAAGAUCACUUGUGGAAUGAUGCCUGGCAGCUCUGCUUGUCCCCUUACCCAGAAUUCCCAGACUUAUUGAGUAUUUUUGAAAUCAAUAGUAAAUCCGAAUUGGAUGAAGUGAUGAAAUUCGUGACGUCACACGACCCUGUAUCAGCCAGUGCAGGUAUCUGGACCAGCGGCUUUAGGUCUCCAGUUCGUGAAGCAGGAAUACCCUACGAGAAACGUCAGUGGCUUAGCGGCGGCCACAUUGAAGACUGGUUGACAAAUUCAUCGGAGAAUUCAAUAGAAGGAAUACAAAGCGAAUUAGGAUUAUCAUAUCUAUAUUUUACAACCACUGGUGUAACCCAAUAUAGUGUUAACUUUGAUCCUGUAAAUGAAACACACUCAGUGAUUUGUGAGUUUCAUUUUCUUGAGAAAACAACAACCUCCAGUGUUUCACCCAGCUCAACUCCCAAACCACAAAUUCCUGGGAAGUACUGUAAAGGACGGUUUCAAAGAGAAGUUAAUUGGCCUGACACACCUAUAGGAAAGACAUCUCUACAGCCUUGUCCACGCGGAGCAAGAGGAAAUGCAACAUGGUUUUGUGACCCUAAAACAAAUGAUUUUUAUCCAUCUUUGCCUUCCUUCAAGCACUGUAAACAACGAUGGCUCGAAGAUCUUGAAAAUGAGGUUCACAAAGAUAAAGGCUUGGACCUUUUGGAUAUUUCUUCAAUAUUAGCCAAUAAGACUAACGAGAUAGAUUUGUUCGGAGGUGAUCUUUCAUCAGUUCUCGAUAUUUUGAGUGAACUUCAGAAUAAGUUUGAUGAAAAACUGACCGACAAAGAAAAGAUUCUGAAUUUCACAGACAGCGUUACUUCAACAAUGAAUAACGUACUAGAUGAGAAGCAGGGACAAGCCUGGGAAGAUCUUCUGAAGAACGAACAGAGAGAACCGGCAAGCAGAAUUUUGAAGGAAAUGGGGAAAGUUGGCGAAAGACUUGGUUGUUACGUAGACAAUAAUAGCACAGAAGUGCAGAGAUCCAAUAUCGCGCUAGAAGUAUUCAAGUUCCUUGGAAAUUCCAUUGUGGAAAACCAUCGCUUUCCUUCCGAAAAAUUCCAAAAAAGAUAUAAAUCUAGCCUGGAAAUAGAGGGUGGUUUGACGUUUGAUGAAUGGCCUCGUGUGUGUGAUUUCAUGACUGGUUUUGGUGUCUUGUAUGAACAAAUCAACAAUUUUUUGAGUCCGCUCAAAGGAAUUAACAGUUCACUAGAUAACACUAAAGUAAAUUCUCAAGUCGUGGGAUUCACAUUCGGAAAGCACAACUUUUCUUUUAACCUGCCCGAGGGCAAGUUUGUCAGAAUUUCUUUGGAGCAUCUUGAAGUGGACGAAUUUACCAACCCACGUUGUGUGUUCUGGAAUUUUUCUAAAAGUUCUGGUGGAGAUUGGGAUGAAAGUGGUUGUCAUCUUACAAAGACUAGUCGUACUCACACACAAUGUUCGUGUUCCCACCUGACGAACUUUGCUGUUUUGAUGGAUAUAGGAGGGGUGGUUCCGAAUAAUGAAAUUAUGAAUAUCCUUUCCACCUGCUGCUGUUCUUUGUCUAUUGCAGCCCUGGUUUUGUCUAUAUUUUGUUUCAUUUCAUUCAGGGCCCUCAGAACUCGUCGAAUCAUGAUUACAUGUAACCUGUCGGUUUGUCUACUGGUUAUGAACCUCCUAAUUCUAACUGGAUUAAAUCACACCCAGCAUAAGGUGGCGUGUGCAUUGAUUGCUGGAGUUUUACAUUAUGCUGUGCUUGCAGCCUUUGCGUGGAUGCUACUGGAAGGACUUUACCUCUACCAAACCCUAGUUCUUGUAUUUAGUAGGUUAAACGAUGUGAAGCCGGUGUGGUUUUAUGUAUUUGGAUACGGAUUACCACUUGUCAUAGUAGCAGUUUCAUCUGGCGUUCGAUACUCUGAUUAUGGAACGGAAAAACACUGUUGGCUUUCUCGAGUAGACGGUCUUAUGUGGAGUGUUGCUGGUCCAGUUGGUUUUGUCAUCUUGGUUAAUACAGUGUUUUUCAUUAUGGGCCUACGUUCUGCCUCGUCCGUAAAAAUCAGAAACCACCAGACACAAGCCAUCAAAACAUUAAACUUUUUGAAAGGCUCCUUCUCUUUGAUGGUACUACUUGGACUUACGUGGACGUUCGGUUUUUUUCUCACAUCUGAAAAGACCAUGGUGAUGGCAUACAUUUUUUUGGUCCUAAACGGGCUCCAGGGACUGUUCAUAUUUAUCUUCCAUAUCUUGGUGAAUGAAAAUUACAGAAAUAGACUUUUGAGUGUGUUGACAGGAAAACGAACAACCCAACCAGUUAGCAACAUGGCUCUGAAACAUUCUUCUCGAAUGAGUGAGUUGGGUCAUCCAAACCGAUCUGACAGCCGUAAAACUACCACCUCCAUGGUUGCACUGAACUAAUCACCAUUCUAAGACAUCGUCCGUCGAUUAAGUUCCAAAAAAGACCCUUGAGAAAAGUAUUAUUUGUAAAAUUAUAUCAAGUUGCUGAAAUUACCCACUAUUUGUAUUCUUACUGACCAGAGCAAGGUAGUUAUCUUCUUAGACGAAAGUAUUCUAUGCGUUAAAUGAACCCAGAACAAGUUAUUUUUUUUAUCAUUUUUGAGUCAUUGUAAUUUCAGUCUAUGGAAAAUACAACUUAAUGAAACAAA